AUGCCGUCCCAAGAUCUAGAGCACCUGCACAGCGAGUCCGACUCGCUCCUGCAUCGCGGCCAGGAAACGGCUCAGCGCUUCUUCCACGGCUUUGUCGACUUUGCCUUUCAGGGCAACAUUCUCGAGAUUGCCUUUGGUUUAAUUGUCGCGGCGGCUUUUACAGACCUUGUCAAGUCGUUUGUCAGCGCCAUCUUGAUGCCGCCGAUUGCUAUCAUCUUCCCGCUCAAUAAGAAUAUUGAAGAGAAAUUUGCAGUCUUGCGUCGGGGCGACAGAUCGAAUUCGACUGCACAAUACAGUACUGUGCAGCAAGCGCUCGACGAUGGUGCCGUUGUGAUGGCGUACGGCUCAUUCAUCUAUCAACUCGUCUCAUUUACCAUGGUUGGGCUGUGUCUGUAUGGUGUGGCUCAUAUUUAUACCAUGGUCUCGCAUGACCCCAUCAUUAAAUACACGACAAAGUGCCGAUACUGCCGCAAACGAAUCAACGAAAAGGUACUUUGGAAUCUCUUCUUCUACUGA